AUGUUACGUACUUUGCCAAUUCGUGUUUUAAACGCAUCGAAGCCAACAUUAGGCUUCUCUGUCACCAGAAGCUCGGCUUUUGGCAUUCAACAUUUAUACAAUAAGAGAUCCUUUUCUUCCGAAGCUCCAAAAGGUAAUGUUCAAGAGUUAGAAGACUUGAAACAAUUCCAACAAUUUGUAUCUAAUGGAGAAAAGGUUUCCGUAAUUGAUUUUUACGCUACUUGGUGUGGUCCAUGUAAGGCAUUGGAGCCUAUCUUUGCUAUGUUAUCCGAAAGAGUCCCAGAAGUUCAAUUCGGUAGAGUAGACGUUGACAAAGCUCAGGAUACUGCCAUGGAAUACGGGAUUACUGCCAUGCCUACAUGUAAAUUUUUCAAAGAUGGUGAACAACUCGAUACCAUUAUUGGCGCUAACCCACCAAAAUUAGUGUCGUUAAUCAAGGAACACUCAGGGGUUGACAUCUCUGGUAGGUAG